CAUUAUAGUCCACAAAUAAGUGAGAUCACGUGGUAUUUCUUUCUCUGAUCGGCUUAUUUGCUUAGCGUUUUUGAAGGCCAGGUGGGAGGUCCCAGUAAUCUCAACGAAGCUGCAACAGAGCCUCAAGCCUGAGGUUAGGACGCCCAGAGAGGAGCUGCGCGAACCUGCGGGGAAGGCGGGCGCGCGUGGGUGUGUCCGGCCUCAGCCCAGCGGGAGGUAUAGGAAAAACGCCUAUCUUUUUAUCUACUACUUAAUCCAGUUCUGUGGCCACUCAUGGAUAUUUACAAAUAUGACAGUCAGAUUCUUUUCAUUUGGAAAAGAUUCAAUGGUUGACACAUUUUAUGCUAUUGGACUUGUGAUGCAACUUUGCCAAUCCAUUUCCCUCUUGGAGUUGCUGCACAUAUAUGUCGGCAUCGAAUCAAACCAUCUUCUUCCUAGGUUGCUGCAGCUUACAGAGAGAAUAAUUAUCCUGUUUGUGGUGAUCACCAGUCAAGAGGAAGUCCAAGAGAAGUAUGUGGUGUGUGUUUUAUUCAUCUUCUGGAAUCUAUUGGAUAUGGUUAGGUACACUAACAGCAUGUUAUCAGUCAUAGGAAUAUCUUACGAUGUCCUGAUAUGGCUCAAUCAAACUCUGUGGAUGCCGAUCUAUCCUUUGUGUGUUCUUGCUGAAGCAUUUGCCAUCUAUCAGUCACUGCCUUAUUUUGAAUCAUUUGGCACUUACUCCACAAAGCUUCCCUUCGACUUAUCCAUCUAUUUCCCAUAUGUGCUGAAAAUAUAUCUCAUGAUGCUCUUUAUAGGCAUGUAUUUUAUCUACAGUCAUCUUUACUCAGAAAGAAGAGAUGUCCUCAGAGUGUUUUCCUUUAAAAAGAAGAAAAUGUGAGGCACAGCAGUCUGAUGUGACGUAGGAAAAAACAGGCUGUGGAUUCUGCUGUGGUAAACACAACUCAGGAAGCGUUCUGGUGGAAAAUUACCUAGUGUUUGAUAAAAAUCCAUGAAAGAAAUAAUUGCAGUCCGUGACUCUGACCCAUUACAUUUUCAAAACAUAUACUCUGAAUAACCGGUUUCUCCAAAGCUGUGGAUUUAUACAUAUUAACUUUGUAUUGUAUGAAGCCUGAUUAUUUUCCUGUAAGGGUAAUGUGAAAUAGAUUCAAUAAAAUCAAGAAACCAAAGUUAUUAACCCUAAAUUACAUCUAUUUCUUUUAACUUCUGAAUUUCCGAACAGCAGCAGAUCCGUAGGAGGGAGCGAUACGAAACGUGCUCUGUAGUUGUCUAGAGUAACAUUUCAUAGCCAGAUGCCACCAUUCCCACAGGUGACACUCACGUUAAAUGUCAGACACACUUAGAAAGCGAAAAUUUUCCCAACCCUGAAAGAGCAUCAGUAAUAUUACACAAGUUAUUUGGGCUUUAAUGCUGUAAAAGAGGACAUUGAUGAAAACAGAAUAAGACCUUUGAUAAAUACCCAUAUUCCUUUUAAAAAAAAA